CAGAACCUAAACCCUAGAGGUGCUGGUGUGAAGCAGGUAAAACCUCUCACUAUUAAUAUUAUCAAAUUCUUGUUCUGUGGGUGAACCAAGUGUUUAGCCAAGACGGGUCUGCCAGUGUGGAUGUUGGGGUUGGGUGUCGAUCAGUUGCGAGCAGACAUGAAUCGUUUGCUCGCGAUGCUCUUUCACCAGGGAGUAUUGGAUGAGCAAUUCUUGCAGCUUCAACAACUCCAGGACGAGAGCUCCCCAAACUUUGUUUCUGAAGUUGUGAACAUAUAUUUUCAUGAGUCCGAGAAGCUGUUGAGAAAUCUCAGAGGAUUGUUGAUGGAUAGGGAGUUCUCGGACUACAAGAAAAUGGGAACACAUUUGAAUCAGUUUAUGGGAAGCAGCUCAAGCAUUGGUGCCAAGAGAAUCAGAAACGUCUGCGUCGCUUUUCGCGCUGCUUCUGAACACAAUAACCGUGCUGGGUGCUUGAGAGCCUUAGAGCUGCUGGAACAUGAAUAUUGUUACCUUAAGAACAAACUACAUGAAUUAUUCCAGAUACAGCAGCAACGAGUCUUGGCAGCUGGGGUUAGGUACCCAAUGCAAAACAAUUAAAGAAAUGUGUGUUCUUUGUGUACGGCUACCUUGUUAGUGUUUCAAAGUUUUACUCAAAACCAAGCUAAUUUGACCCACUGCGACUGUACCAGUUGGGAGUAGCUAGUUGUGCAUUUGAGAAGAAGAAAACUAGACAUCGAGAAAAUGCUGUGAUUUUAUUUCACUGUUAGUCGAUCUACCUGCCUGCCUUUGUAUAGGAGAACAGCUUAUAUAUGGAAUGGUCCACUGCCACGUGGUGUUUCAAUCCAAAAGUACAUUGUGAUCAUGUGGAGGAAAACUUGUACGUUAAAUGUAUCAAUGGAUAAGGAAUGCUAUAUAACGGUGAACUCAUUUCAUAUAAGUUCUUCUCCCCAACUAAUUGUAACUUUAAAUGAAAAUGAAUUCUACUUAU